AUGACUUUAUACGGUUCAUUAAAAAAUUUAACAUUACAACCAUCUUCAUUUUCAAAUCAUGUAAAUACAUCUAUCCACAUCGAUUCAGGUAGUGUUAUCUCCGUUGAUCAAUCCGGAAACAAUACAGAAUCCAUUCAAUCUUUCCAAUCAUUUUUAGAAGCCAUAUCAAAAUUCUUUGGGUUUGCCUAUGAAAAAUAUAAUUAUAAUUAA